GCCGGGAUCACACGAAGAAGAAAAAGGAGCGGACUUGUUUAGUGUCAUGACGUCACGGUGGCCGUGCUUUGAUCUGCGACGCGCUGGAAGCUAAAGCUAGCAGCAAGACUAAAACACAAGUUUGUGCUUGUUGUUUGUUGUUUUGUCUUCAGAAGGCGGAGCGGCGUCAGGAGUAGCAUCAGUCCUCGCACGGCUCGGAGCGGCUCCCGCGGCGGUAACUGAGAGCGCAGCCCGCGGCUCGGCUUGAACAGCCACUGACGGCAGGCCCAGCUAACAUUAGCUGGGACGCUAACUUCACCAGUCAAAGGCAGACACGGAAUGAGGGAUGACGUCUGUGGUUUUGUCAGACACUGGAGGGAACAUCGUGGAGUAUGUCACCGUGGUCGAGGAGGCCCAGCAGUGUGAGCAGCAGUCUGGAGAGGAGGAGGACGAGGAGGUGGUCCAUCAGGAGGUCGAAGCGGUGAUUGUGGAGGGAGAGGAGGAGGAGGGCGUUGUGCUGCAGGAGGAGGAGUGUCCAGCGGUGAUCGUGGAGGAGGUUCCCAGCGCACAGGUGGAGCAGUGCUACGCCGCGCAGGUCCUGGUUUACGAUGACGGUACCUACCUGAUCGAGGACGUGGCUGAGGAGCAGGAGGUGAUGACAGAGGUGGCUGAGAACGUGGAAAUGUCGGAUCAUGAUGUGCUGUGCUUUGACAAAACCUUUGAAGCGGCAGAAGCUCUUCUUCACAUGGAGGCACCCGGUGGCCUCCACAGUGAACGAAACGCAGCAGAUGAUGUGAUGAUGGAGACGGUGGUGGAGGUUUCUACAGAGUGUGCGCCUAUAGAGGAAGAUGACUCAUUCCCUGUUCCUCCUGAAUGUGAACCAGCCACCAAGAAGAAGAGAGGAGGAGGACGCAAGCCCAAAAUGCAACCGACUGCAUCCAAUGGCUCCUUUGACCUGGGUAUCAGGAAGAGACCACGAGAGGGCAAAGGAAACACCACCUAUCUGUGGGAGUUUCUGCUGGAGCUGCUGCAGGAUAAGAACACUUGUCCCAGGUACAUUAAGUGGAUGCAGAGAGACAAGGGCAUCUUCAAACUGGUGGACUCCAAAGCUGUGUCCAAGCUGUGGGGCAAACACAAGAACAAGCCUGACAUGAACUAUGAGACUAUGGGCCGAGCCCUCAGGUAUUACUACCAGCGUGGCAUCCUGGCCAAGGUGGAGGGUCAGCGCCUGGCCUACCAGUUCAAAGACAUGCCCAAAAACAUCCGGGUCAUCGAGGAGGACGAGGACGGUGAGGAGGCAGAGGACGGCCAGGCUGUGAUGCCCAGCCAGUACCUGGCUCACCAGCAGGCCCCUCCCACCUCUGUUGCCAGUCAGCCUCAACAGACUUACGUCACCGUCAUCCCCAGCAACGCCGCCACCGGGUCUGUGUUCAGGCCCAUCCGAGCGAUGCCUGUGGUCAUGACUAACUCAAUGGGCCAGGUGACUUUAAACUCCUCCCCCAUCCUCACUACCUCCACUGGAGCCCCAGUAACCGUCGCUAACACCGGCAGCAGUUCUCCUGCCAAACUGGUCAUUCAAGCCCUACCAGCAAUGCUGUCUGCCGGCUCUAAAGCUGGGGAGAUCACCAUCAUCACCAUCCCAGCCAACCAGCUGACCACGCUCAUCCAGGCCAAGCCCAUCACCGCCCAGCUAGCACCAGCAAGUCUCAAUCCCGGCGCCACCUCUGCCACUCAUACGGUUCAGCUACCAUCAGGUAGACCGACCCCACAACUUAUCCUGGCCAAACCAGCGGCAGUGGUUCACUCACUGCCCCAGCUGUCCGUCCAGGUGAGUCAGUCUCAACUGGAUACGACCAAAACACCUACCCAGUCCCUGAACUCCUCCAGCAGUCACCCUGACACAGCACAAUCAGAACCCACUAUGGAGGGUCCGCCCCUUUCCAUGGCCCUGCCACACCUCCUCCAGUCCGGUCCCACGUCAGCAGAUAACCCUGUAUCCUGAGGACUCGGUCCUCUGGGUUACCAGAGGUCUCCACAGACUAUGGACACUCAUCAGGAAGUGCAGGACUCUGGCCCGGACUGAGCCAUGUGACUCUUUGCAGCAGAUGAAGGGCGACAGGAGGCAGCUCUCCUCAGGAGACCUGCAGCCUUACAUUGUACAGGAAGUGGUUUUUGUAAUCACUGUGGUGUGAAUGAAAUCCACCCAGAUAUUGUUGUAAAAAGCUUUUUUUUUUUUGAUACUCUGCUCUGCUGCCGUUUGAGUUUCCCGUUCGUCACCACAGUGCUGCUCAUAAAGACGGAGUGAAACCACGUCUGUGUCCCUGCCUGGCUC